UAGGUCGAUGAUAUAAAGGAGUCUUAAAGUUGUUUACCAACGAAAAAGGAGUCUUAAAGUGACAAAGUUAUUAAAAAAAAAAAAAAGACUCAUAAAUCAAUGUGAAGUACUUAUAAACAUUAUCAUUCACGAGUAGCACUUGGUCUAGUAACGUAUGAUCCUUCAAAAUGAAUGAAAAGUCGUGUUUCCUUGAAAUGCUAGUUCCGGUCCCAAGUAAUGUAUAUCCCUAGCCCCUAGGAUCCGAAAUUUCUUGGAUAAUCAGAAAAUUAAAAAUAACAUUUCGUAAAUAAACCCAACUUGAGAAACACACACAAAUACUAAUAUGUAGAUAUAAUUGUAAUUUUCAAGAAUGAUUUGAGUAAGAGGAAGAUGUAUAAUGAUUUCAGUUCCCACUAGUCAUUGCAUGUGCUCUCUCCCCCUCCUUGUCCCACUUACCCACUAUUCUGCUUUCAACUCUGUCUCUUUCUCUCUCUCACUCUCUCUUUCUUAACCAAAUCCAUGACUUAAAAUGCAGAGCAACCACAGCAUAAGUCUUCAUACCUUCGGAUUCCUCAAUCUCCUCUCCACAUCAUGAACGGUCUAGUCCCCUCCAGCAGCUCCUGGUCGGUGAGUGAGGAGUCGCUAAGAAGGUACGUGAGGUUUGCGAGUGAGAGCUGCAUUCAAGAGCUCUUAUCUUCCUCUGAGGCCGGACGCUUUGGGAACGCUUCUAAUGGGUGGAAGAUGGUGAGGCAUGACUCGAACGGUGUCGAGAUUUCAAAACGCGACUCGGGAUCACUACACGCGUUUCGAAGCCGUAGGAUCCUCACAUCAGUCUCUCCAGAGCAGUUCAUCACAGUCGCAAAUGCCAUAGACGCGGCCAAGCAAUGGGAAGGUGACCUGGUGGAAGCAACACACAUUAGAGAAAUAGAUGAGAAUCUGAGCGUAAUCCGUUUAAGGUUUGGCGAAAACUCGAAACCGCUCUUCAGGAACAGAGAGUUCAUUGUCUACGAAAGACGUGAGACCAUGCAAGACGGCACUCUCGUGGUGGCGGUUGCUUCACUACCAAAGGAAAUGGCAGAAGGAUUGGAGCCAACAAAGAAAAAGAAAAACAAUUCCAUUAUUAGAGGAUUUUUGGUUGAGUCAGGUUGGGUUUUGGAGAAGCUUGAUGAUACCUCUUGCAUGAUUACUUAUGUUGUUCAGUUGGAUCCUGCAGGAUGGUUGCCAAAGUGUUUUGUGAACAGACUAAACACAAAGCUAGCAAUGAUAAUUGAUAACCUUAGAAAGCUUGCUCAAGCCUCUCUACCUUCUUUUCCUCCUACUUGAUUAGUACCUUUUAGCUCUCGUUCUCUCUGUCUCUCUUUCUUUUUUUGUUUGUUUGUAAACAACUAAACAUUUUUACAAAAAGAGUUAAAUGAUCGUAAUUAAGAGGCCAACAA